AGGAAGUCAAGUAGCACUUAUAUUACUGUAUUUAAAUAGAUGCCGUUGCAUAUUUGUCACUUUAAUAUGCAGUGAAUAUGCAGUGAAUAGUGCAAACAUGGGAGAAAGUUAUUUUGUUUUGGGCUUUGGCUUUUGUUUGCUUAUUCAGUUAAAUACAGGUCAACUGUUACCAGAAGAGGAACUUCGGAAUGAGACCUCUUGUACACUUGAUGUAAAUAUAAGUUGUAGCAACAAUGAGAUUAUUGCGGUACAUUCCCUGUACUUCUUCUAUGAUUCGGACUGUACCAAUACGUGUUGUACAUACAACAGCAGUCAUUCAAGUAUCGGCGCAGACGAAAACGAUAUACAGGAAAUUCGUCGCCUAUGCUCUGGUAGAGAAUCAUGCAGUCCUGCGCUUGACGGAAAGCGAAAUUUUGGACUGUUGAAUGUACAGACGCCUUCCUACGUUAUGGUACAAUAUUUCUGUAUUCCUGUUCUUGUAGAUUGUGAAGAUAAAUACAACAUUUCAAACGGAUACAUUAGUUCACGAGAUGUUAACAACACUGGUAAGGGAUCAUUGGCAGAUGUUAGUUGUGACGCAGGAUAUGAAACCAACAAAACUUACGUCAGCUGUCUGGAAACAGGACAUUGGGAAAAUGCUACGUGUUCCCCAAAAGACUGUGGUAAUCUUCCUGAGAUAAGGAAUGGUGAAUAUACAUUGAAAGACCCUCAGAAUACAACGUAUGGCGCUUUAGCAACAGUAAACUGUUCAAAAGGGUUUGAAGCUAAAAGUAGUAGCAUCAGCUGCUUGGAAUCAGGACAAUGGUCUCGUGUGUCAUGCACUUCUAAAGGUCAACUGUUACCAGAAGAGGAACUUAGGAAUGAGACCUCUUGUACACUUGAUGUGAACAUAAGUUGUAGCAACAACGAGAUUAUUGCGGUGCAUUCCCUGUACUUCUUCUAUGAUUCGGACUGUACCAAUAGGUGUUGUACAUACAACAGUAGUCAUUCAAGUAUCGGAGGAGAUGAAAACGAUAUACAGGAAAUUCGUCGCCUAUGCUCUGGUAGAGAAUCAUGCAGUCAUGCGCUUGACGGAAAGCGUGAUUUUGGAUCGUUGAAUGUACAGACGCCUUCGUACGUUAUGGUACAAUAUUUCUGUAUUCCUGGGUCAAGGGUGAAUACAAUUUGCUCUAAUGAAGAGGUAGUGUCGCAGGGGAGACUACCAUUGUAUCUGACAAACGAGAAUUAUCCUUCCGUUACAACCGGAGAUAGCACAUGCUCUUGUUCUUUGGAAAUAAACUCAUGCUCUUCUAAUAUACAGCUUCACCUAUUAGAUAUAGACCUAUACUUAGAUACGAAUACAUGCGAACAGAGUCUCGAAUUUGUAAACAACAGGGAUGGUGUGUCAGAGAAAAUCAACUGUGAAAGUUACCAUAACAACAAUAUUACUUCUAUGAACAUAAAUUCCCACUACGUCAGAAUAAAUUUUCUUGAUAACUCAACACAAAACCAGGAAGGUUACUUUCUUCUUGGAUUUGAAGCGACUGGUGAAAAUACUACCUUCAGUAUCAGUUGUCCAUACAAGCAGGAGUCGAUUUGUCUUGAUUGUGAAGAUAAAUACAAUAUUUCAAACGGAUACCUUAGUCCACGAGAUGUUAACAACACUGGUAAGGGAUCAUUGGCAGAUGUUAGUUGUGACGCAGGAUAUGAAACCAACAAAACUUACGUCAGCUGUCUGGAAACAGGGCAUUGGGAAAAUGCUACGUGUUCCCCAAAAGACUGUGGUAAUCUUCCUGAGAUAAGGAACGGUGAAUAUACAUUGAAAGACCCUCAGAAUACAACGUAUGCCGCUUUAGCAACAGUAAACUGUUCAAAAGGGUUCGAAGCAAAAAGUAGUAGCAUCAGCUGCUUGGAAUCAGGACAAUGGUCUCGUGUGUCAUGUACUUCUAAAGACUGUGGAAAUCCACCUGUUAUUGACUAUGGAAGUAUCAGAUCAGAAGACGGAAGCACAACAUACACUUCUACAGCCAGAGUUACAUGUCAAGAGGGUUAUAAGGCAAAGAAACAGGUGAUCACUUGUAAAGAGACGGGGAUGUGGGAAAGUAGUUCAUGUGAACCCAAAGACUGUGGAAAUCCUCCUGUUAUUGACUAUGGAAGUAUCACUUUAGAAGACGAAAGCGCAACGUACAAAUCUACAGCUAGAGUUAAAUGUCAAGAGGGUUAUAAGGCAAAGAAACUGGUGGUCACAUGUAAAGAGACGGGGAUGUGGGAAAGUAGUUCAUGUGAACCCACAGAGAAUACACACGAUGAAAAACAACAAGCAGAGGAUGGCAAUGCGUCUUCGACCACUCUGGUAGCCGUGCUGGUAUCAUUGAUGGUCAUAGUCAUACUGAUAUUAGCAGUCUAUGUCAUUUGGAGAUACAGACACAGAUUGUGUAAAACAAGAAGUUUUAAAGGGCAUGAAAGCAUAUCAUUUAAGAAUGAAGAAGUUCUUCCAGAAGAUCAAGGAUAUCAGAAUUUGAAUAUAUCCUUCGUGAAUGAAGGCGGCGAGUCAAAAGAUCAACAAUGUCAAGAUCCCAAUGUAUCUUUUAAAAAUGAAGACAUUCGUCCAGAAAUUUCAGAAGUUCAGCCAAGUCAGGAUUCGAAUACUAAUAUCCAGACUGACGAAAUUGUGCCAGAAAAACAACAAUGUCAAGAAUCGACUGUUGCUGUCAAAACUGAUGAAAACCUGCCAGAAAUACAACUCCAGGAAUCGAAUGUUGCCGUCAAAACCGAUGACGUUCUGACAGAAAAGGACACAAAUGUUGAUGCAAUGACUGCAAAAGUUCUGCAUGAAAAUGAACAAGGUCCGGAUUCAAAUGAAACUGCUCCGAAUGACGAACUACCAGAAAACCAACAAAGUCAAGAAUCGAAUAUUGCUGUCAAAACCGAUGAAGUUCUGACAGAAAAGGACAAAAAUGUUGAUGCAAUGACUGAAAAAGUUCUGCAUGAAAAUGAACAAGGUCAGGAUUCAAAUGUAACUGCUCCGAAUGACGAACUACCAGAAAACCAACAAAGUCAGGUUUCGAAUGUUGCUGGGGACUCGGAAGAAAAAGAAAAGCCGGAUCAGCAUUGAAAUUUGAAUUUUGACUGUUGUUAUAGGACUCAAUCAUUUCUUGUAUAUUGCAUUACAAUUGUACGUGUGAUUGUGUAACGUCUAUUAAUGACAAAGCUUUGAAUAACCUUUCUUAAUUUAAAUGCAACACAUUGACAUACUACACAUGUACAUAACAGUUCAGUUUCUAUACUACAUACAUCAUCCUGGUAAAUGCGCAGGAUAGGAAUCCAAAGGAAAACACUGCUAAAAUGUGCAUAUUCACCUUAAACGAAUAUUAUGCCAUUGUGUUCUGGUUUCUAAUCUGUCUGGUUGAGAGUAGCACUGACACAAUUUAUGUAAUAAUGCAACUUUCACGUUUCAUAAUGGUAGAUGUCCCAAGGUGACCCUAGGGGUAAUAUUUCAGGCUUUGGCGGGAACUUGGGCAAAACCAUUGACCUUCCCUAAGGUAGUUUGAUGUUUUUCUUAUAUGAAGAGAAAGGUUUUGAACCCAUAUCAGUUAUAGACAACUAUUACCAUCUGGCCAAGUCGGCUUUCUGUGUAAUAAUUGAAAAAAGCAACAACAACAAAAAAACUCUUAAACAACUGUUUUAUAAAGUAAAAAUACAUAUUACACCGAAGUUUACAGCGAUCCUGAACAAGUACCAGAACUGAACAAAUAUUCUUAUCGAAUGUCUGAAUGAAUUUUACUACAGUAAAUAUAUCUUCGAAAGAUGUAAAACCGUUUCAUCUACAAUUUCUAAAUUUUUAUUUUAUUCUCUAACAGAAAAUACUGGAAGAAUAAAUUUUAGAGUAAAAUAUCAGAUCUCCACAAAACUAAUGUGUCUCGUACUCACUAACUGCAAAACGUCUUUCUACAAAAUGCAAUGAAUCGUACUAUACCAAUGUGUCUUUUUAAAUCCAUUAAUUAAUUAACUAUUCUUGCGUAGCCUAAAAUCCCAGAACGGAAUAUUUUUCAGCUAUAGUAUUUCGUUUCUGAUAAUACCUUUGUGUACUUAAUUGUUAUUUUAAUUGUUAUAUGUGUCAUUAUACUGACUUCUUAUUAAAUAAAUGUGCUUAGUGUU